GUCAGUCUAGUCAUCAGUCAUCCAGCUUCACUAAGAGCUUCAACAGUUCCAGAAUCCUUCAGCGUACAAGGAAUAUUUCCAUUAAAAACUCAACAUGAACUUCUACAAGGUCUUCAUCUUCGUUGCCCUCAUUCUGGCCAUCAGCAUGGGACAAUCUGAGGCCGGUUGGUUGAAGAAGAUUGGCAAGAAAAUUGAACGCAUUGGUCAGCACACUCGGGAUGCCACAAUUCAAGGAUUGGGAAUUGCUCAGCAAGCAGCUAAUGUGGCAGCUACAGCCAGGGGUUAAAUAGAAACCAUACAACUCAUUAUCAAACGAUUAUUUAUUACAUCAUCAUUAUUGUAAAUAAUAUUAAUGAAAA